AUGCCUUUUCCGUUCAAGUUGUUCCAGGCUAUCGGAAAGAUUUUCGCAAUUCGUUUGAAACGCCCUGAAAACCAAGGACGCACACAACGCAACUCAACAAUCGCCGAUCAUGAAGGCAAUAGCUCCAUCCUUACAGAUAUCUCUGAUCCCGUUCCUGCACCAAUGCACUCUUCGAAUUCUUCGCCAGCACAUCCCGUUUCUGCAAUUAGUGAACCAGGUCUCGAAGAACCCCCCGCCGGCUUUCCUUCUGCAGUGUACCCUUGGAGUGCAUCCCCUGCCCGCGAAGCUUCCGACAUCGCUCAGGUGGCUCUGCCCUUGGUACAGGCUUUUACGGGUGUAGUUCCACUUGUUGGUGCUCCGAUAAACGCAGCUAUUGGCGGAUUGUUGGGAGUCCUUCAAGUUAUAAAUAGAUGCGAUCAGAACAAGGCGGCCUUGGAUAACCUGACAUCGCGACUCUAUCGACUAUACUACCAUUUGUGCAACGUCCCACCUGCCCUGGAUCCUCUUGAACAUUCUCGGAGAGACCUUUUAGCUAGAAAGCUGGAAGACACCUCAGUCCGCCUGAAAAAGCUGCAAAAACGUCGUCUAGCAUACGCGUCCGUCACACAGGCUAUCACCGGAUGCUCGACUGACAUCGACCGUUAUCUGAUGGAGUGUUUGUGGUCGUCCCAAAUGCAAAGUCAACGCGAAACACACGAACUGCUUAUACUAAUGUCACGGAGGCGGGAGGAGGUUCAGCACAUCGAACAGUCCUUCGCACCACUAUCUGCAUCGCCUUUACUCGGAAGCGUCGCGCCUGGGUGCGUGACACUGGUAGACGUAACAGGCCGCCACCAAGCAAUAUCGGUGAACUGGUGUACCUCAUAUCAGCAACUCAAUCACAUGCUUCGAGUUCUGUUUGAACGCGAUGCGAUUGAAGCCCAAAUUCAAAGACGGUAUAUAGAAGAAGGAAAGUACGAUCUGUGCAUUGACGAGGGCAAGCAAGUGACCCUACUCACAAGCGACAAUUGGUCGAGCAUCGAACAAGGAACGAAGAUUGUGAUGAGGGUUACCAUUCAACAGGAUAUGGCAUCACUCUCUGAGGUUGAUUACCAAUGUCAUUUUUGUGGCGCUGUGAAUCGCCUUGGUGCUAGAUCUGUGAAAUAUGAGUAUCGAGGGCGGACUGUUUGCUCGACUGAAUGUCGAGAAUGCAAACGAUGCUUCCAGAUCACCCGUAGCUUUCCGAGCGCGGGGAAACGAUCCUAUAACAGUGACUCCAACCACGAGGUUGACGCAGAAACGCUUCUUGUUCGCAACUUUCAUGUCCAGCAAAUUUCUGUGCGUGAUCUGGUCUUUGGACCUUCUUAG